UCAUAUCCGCGCUGGUGGCCUGCGGGAGUAAGCAGCAGCCACCAGAGCUUCAGCGGCGUUGUCAGGUUGAUGUUGCUGUACAGGGUCAUGUCUCUCCACUCUGGUCAGGGUGGUCGCAGAGCAUUCGCUCGGCUUGGUCAUGCUGAUGAUCUGGAAGCACAGGCUUGACAAAGUUGAGCGUGCUUUCGCUCUGGCACUGAAAGGCUCGGCUCAAAAGUAUUCAUCCAAGGAGCUGGAGGUGGUGACUGGGAACUUCGCUUCGAGCCUUGCCUUUGGAAUGGCGGUCAAGCGAGCGCCUGGAGAACCGCAACCAGAGUGAUGGCGGGUAAGCCACCACAACGUUUAACAGCAGCAGCAGCUGUUUGUGUUGUCACACUAUAAUUAUAAUGUGACAGCUUUUCGCUUUGUGAGCUCACAGUUCUUCCGGUUGUGUUGAAGGCUGUGGAGUAGGAGCUGGAUGAGAGGAAGCAUAUGAGAAAUUUGUUGCUUCACUAAGGAGGGGCGUGCUCAUGAUCAAUUCAUAGUGUUUUUCAUCUCCUGAGUACCUCUCGUCGAGAAAGAGAAAAAUCUUACGAACUUAGACCGAGAACUUAGUGAAAGUUCGAGAUCUUUAUUCCCCGUCCAAAUCCGAGCUUGCCAUUUUCCUGCUGGUGCCUAAAAAAAAAGAUCGAAGUGUGAUUGUAGUUGCUUGAUCAAGUACGAGAUGGUAUACUUCUAGGGUCUUAGAAGUUAGAAGGGUGUCUGGCCAUGGGGAUGCGAGCGUGGAUCUCGUACCGUUACAAAGGCGUCUACUAUCUUCUCUACAAGCAGUGGGGGCAGCUCGAGUACGUCGGCGAGCGUCUCGUAGCGCUGCUCGCGGAUCAUCCGGACCCGGAAGAGUGGAGGCGCCUGCUCGACAAGGCCGUCUUCAUCCAGUGCGGAGGUAAAGAGAGAAGCGAGCAUCAACCCUCGGACGCGAUCAUCGACGCUGUCCGCGACUACACGCUUGGUGGUGAUGACCGGCGCAAACGAGAAUACCUGGAAGAUAUGGGGCGGAUGCAGUAUCACUCCAUCAGGAGCGUGGGUGAUGCUGUGAUAGCGACCAUGGCUGCCAUUCUUGACGACCCGGUCCAGUUCCGGGCCUUCAUCCGGAACGAGGCCGAGAAGAAACUGGGAGGAGGAAACGGAUGGGCGUUCCUGUGCCGGAACAUCGAGUCCCACGAGCGACUCUGGUUUCGCUUGCUCGAGCUCGGCGUGUUCGUGUCAAAUCGAGAGCCCGUGAUGGAGCAGCCGGAGCUUGAUCUCAUGAUGGAGUACGUCUACAUCAUCGACUUGGAUGCCGGGACUUUCUCGGUCAGCUCCUGCCAUGUUCUAAACUCGGGUACCUGGAAGAUGGGGGAGAUCCCCAAGAACUGGCUGCGACGUCUCCAGAUUCCAGAGCCCUGGAUCGAGCUGGCCAUUGCGUACUCGCCCGCUGUCAAGAGGAUCGUCCUGGAGAGGCUCAACUGCGGUGAGAACUGGCUGUUUCGCAUGGUGGUCGACAAGCUCAGCGCUCCAUACCAGAGCUUCGACGAGUGUCUCAACAUCCUGCAGCUCAUCCAGAACUUUUUGUUCGUCGAGGACGAUGAUCAUGGUGAAACUGCGUAUGCCAAGAUCAGGAAGAGCCAGGUGCAUCUACCGUGGGAGGAGGAGGCACCACAAGAUGACGAGGAGGACGAGGAGGACGACGAGGACGACGAGGAAGAUGAAGAGGGAAGGUGCCGCAUAAGGGAUGAUGGGCAGUUUGUAUUGCGCACGGUUUUAGCGGUCCUUUCUAUGUGCCAAGUUAGGGAACUCUUCUCGUGAAAACUUGUUCAUCAUUGUUAUCAGUCAGCCGCUCCUUCCAGCUUUUAAAUUGGGAUCGCUGUUCGACAAGGUGGAUCUCGAACAUUUUGUGCUGCAGCUGCUGCAUUCGAGAUUC